AUGGCCCGCAUCCGCUUCGCCAUCGCCGCGCUGCUGCUCGUCGCCUCGGGGUGUGCGGAUCGCCCCAUCGAGCGCGACGACCGCGAAGAGGUCGUCUUCUGGCACUUCUGGGGCGGCCGAGACCUGCCGGUCGUCGAGGACGUCAUCCGGCGGUUCAACGCGAGUCAGUCCCGCUACCGGGUGCGAGGCGUCGCGAUGCCGGGGGCGAAUCUCGACCUCAAGCUCUUCCUGAGCAUCGCCGGCGGCGACCCGCCCGACGUGAUGAAUCACGACGACCCGGUCGUGGCAGACUGGGCGCACCGCGGCGCCCUGACGCCGCUUGACGAAUUGGCGUCGACUGGUGAGAUCGAAAGGCUACGCAACUGGCUGUACCCGGCGGCAGCGCAACUCGGCAGUUACGACGGGCGGUUGUUUGCGCUCGUUAACGGCCUCGACAUCCGGGCCCUCUACUACAACAAGACAGCGCUGCGUGAGGCGGGGCUACCGGGACUUGCGCAGUCGGGUCCCAGCACGAUUGCCGACCUCGAACGCCUCGCAAACGCCGUGGCUCCGGCGACAACCGAUCGCCUUGAGCGCGUCGGCUAUUUGCCUGAUCCACGCCGGCUGUGGGCGUGGGGCGUCGUGUUCGGAGGCAGCUUCGGCGACCCGAACGCCGAGGCGCUCGAUCAACGAGUCACCGCUGACGACUCCAACGUCCUCAACGCUUUGCGCUGGAUGAAGAGCUACGCCGAUCGCUACGGCGCCGACCGAGUCGCCGCGUUCCGCAGCGGCGACCAGGCGCUCACCGGCGCCUCGUUCCCAUUGCUUGCCGACCGGCGUUAUGCGGCGAUGAUGGAUGGUCAAUGGCGUGUGCGCGACCUCGCCGAGGCGACAACCGAAGCCCAACUUCGCAACAAGCCGAUCGACGAGUUCGGCGUUCGCCCCCUACCGAUACCUCCCGGGGGGGCCGAACGCGCCGGCUGGGUGAACGGCAACUUCUUCAUCGUGCCACGUGGCGCUCGCAACGCGACCGGCGCUUGGGAGUUCAUGAAGUUCUGUGAUCGCGUCGUCGCCGAGGAGCCGUUCCAAACGUUCCUGUCGGCGCGCCCGUUGUUCCGCGUCUUCGUCGAACUGGCUUCGAGCGCCAACCAGGCGCCCACACCCGCCCUGCCAGUCGCCUCGGCCUACUACCGCGAGGUGGUCGCGGCGGCGCAGGACGUGAUGCCGCGCAACGGACGCGGAAGCGGCUGGCCGCCGCCGCGGAAUGAGGCGUCACCGGAGCAAUCAAUCGUGCCGCGCUGGUACAGCCAUCUGCCGCUGCUGAUCGUCACAGCCGCGCUCGCCGGGCCGCUCCUGUGGAUGGCUGGAGCCUCGCUCAAGAGCGGCACUGAGUACGCCGCGGCGCCGCAGCGGAUGCUCCCGCUUGCUCCCAGACCGGCGAACUACGCCGACGCUCUCGACGCGAUGCCGUUCUGGCAAUGCCUCGGCAACACGCUGGUGCUCUGCGCAGGCUCGGUUGUCGGAACCCUCGUUUCCUGCUCGACCGCGGCUUACGCCUUCGGACGGCUCCGUUGGCCAGGGCGUGAUCUCGUGUUCGGUCUCGUCAUCGCGACGAUGCUCGUGCCGUGGCAGGCGACGAUGAUUCCCAAGUUUCUGCUGAUCCGCGAGCUCGGGCUCUACAACACGCUAUCGGCGCUCGUGGCUCCUAAGUUCCUAGGCGACGCGUUCUCGAUCUUCCUGCUCAGGCAGUUCUUCCGAGCCGUGCCGCAAGAACUGACCGACGCCGCGCGGAUCGACGGCUGCCGUGAGUGGGGCGUCUUCUGGCGGGUCGUCCUGCCACUGAGCACGCCGGCGCUCGUCACCGUCGCCCUGUUCCAGUUCGUUGACGCCUGGAAUGACUAUGGCGGGCCCUUGCUCUACCUGAGCGACCCUGCCAAGUUCCCGCUCACCUAUGGGCUGGAGCGCUUCGUCAGCUCGCGCUCGAGCGAGACCCACCUGCUGAUGGCGGCCGCCGUGCUGUUCACGGCACCGAUCGUCGUGGCUUUCCUUGCCGCCCAGAAGGCCUUCAUCCGCGGCGUCACGACGACGGGACUGAAGGAGUGA